UGGCAUGAAAUUCGUGUGGUGUCACCAUGGAACAUGAAGAGUGUGAACAUGAAAGAGAUGGUACAUAUAAAGGAGCCUCAUGUGCUAAACAUUAACUUAGGUUGACGGGCGGGCGCGGGCGGCGCAGUUAUGCCUAAGCCAGCGAGUCUCGUUCCACCAAAAACACCAUACUCGGUGAUUCAUCUCCAAUGUCAUGGCACACGCCGACACAAUGCAAACCCUCCAGCGUACAGUCUGGCAGGGUCGAAUACCUCUGGAAAUCCGAUUAGCAGCCUCAGAAUGCCGAACCUUUGACGGAGCCGAUCCGUAUCUGAUUGCUUUUCCAAGACUCUCAUAUCUCCCUCUGUUGUUGCCACGGUUGCACGCCUUCUUCUACGAAUCACUGAUCGCCGAACCCGAGUCGAUCUCGCCAUAUGCGGGAUAUUUCACCUACGACAAUGUACCUUUAAAGUGGCAUUUACCACUUGGCUUGCUUUACGACAUCUAUGUGUUGUCCACCCAGGACGCUGACCAGGACGACGUGGCUUCAGCAUCCUCCUUACCCUUCAAGUUGACUCUGCACUUCGCGCCAGACCCCGACAGGCCUACGCUACUGGACGCAACUCCCGUUGUGCUACACGAUUCCUUCAUCAACUCGGUGAAAGAAGCCGACUUCUUGAGAUCCGGAACAGCGAAGCCCAUCAUGUCUCUUUCAGCGCACGAGAGCAAGGCUCUCUGGACCUCGACUCAGGACAGUGAUGUCGCAACCUUUUCCAAAAUCCACGGCAGCCUUGUUCCCUCACCAGGUCAGAUGCGCAAUAUUCCUCUACGUGUUUACCUACCCUCAACGCCGGACCAGAAUCCGGAUAAAGCUCAGAUCAGAGUUCUACAGUCACAAAUUGCAACUACAAUAGUGGCUGUUGGUCAGACAUCCCCAGCAGCACUACGAAGCGGCGGUGCCGGACAGCCGCAGACACUAGGGACUGCUUUACAUCAGCUUAUACCCAGUCUCUUUCCUUCUCGGAGGACUCCCAUUCUCGCUACACCUUUGCUACAUGGCGCACCAGUUCCUAUGAAUGCUCAUCUGGAAGAGCUGGUUCGAUGGGGUUGCUAUGCGGAUGGCUGGUUGUCGGUGGUGUUGGCCAUGCGUGGAUAGACACAUACGAUUGAGGUGAGGCUGCCUACGAUGCCAGAGGGUUUGAUUCAUAUACCACAAUAUCAUCCUGGGUACGGAAUACUCUGUAUAGAAGAGUAAGACCUGCUGCGAUAGUUGUACUGCAGCCCAACCCCAUGCAUGAGUGACAGAUGGCGGGGCCAAGCCACAUUCAACUUCGUCAUCGUCGAACUUGACCAACCUCUCA